CUGCUGGCCCCCUGGGGCAGUGUUGGCUGGCGGCCUGGGGAGUGCCAGGCGGUGAGGGAGCAAGGGAAGCGCUGAGUCAGCAUGACUCGCCAGGAACAGCCGCUCUGGGGUGCACACAGGGUUAUUUUUAAAGCUCAGGGCUUCCUUCUAGGCUGGCCCCUCGACCCUCUGACCUCUCCCCCGGCCCCUUUCCUUGCCUCUGCCUCCCUCACUGCCCUUCAAUCCCCCUUUCCCCUUGGACCCUCCUGCGCUCCCCCGGGUUUGCUCGGGGCAGAUAGCCCAGCUCAGGAGAGGCAGGGGCAAAGAGUGCCUGCUUGCUGUGCCCCCGGGUUAUGACGACCCCCAAUAAAGGAAGCAAGGCCUUGAAGGUGAAGCGGGAGCCUGGCGAGAAUGGCACCAGCCUGACGGACGAGGAGCUGGUGACCAUGUCGGUGCGGGAGCUGAACCAGCACCUGCGGGGCCUGUCCAAGGAGGAGAUCGUGCAGCUGAAGCAGCGCCGGCGCACGCUCAAGAACCGAGGCUACGCCGCCAGCUGCCGAGUGAAGCGGGUGACGCAGAAGGAGGAGCUGGAGAAGCAGAAGGCGGAGCUGCAGCAAGAGGUGGAGAAGCUGGCCUCGGAGAAUGCCAGCAUGAAGCUGGAGCUCGACGCGCUGCGCUCCAAGUACGAGGCCCUGCAGACCUUCGCCAGGACCGUGGCCCGCGGCCCCGUGGCACCUGCUCGGGGCCCCCUGGCCGCCAGCCUGGGGCCCCUGGUCCCUGGCAAAGUGGCUGCCACCAGCGUCAUCACAAUAGUAAAGUCCAAGACGGACGCCCGGUCGUAGGGACGCACGCUGGCCCAGGCGGGUCUGGGAGGGGCCGUUAGGCACGCGGCGCAUCCGGCAGCCCUGUCCUCUUCCUCCUCCUCUCCCUGUCCUACCUCCUCCCUCCCCUCAAAGCACAACCUGCACCCCAGGGGCGCCGGGCUGAGCCCUUGAUCUCGUCGUCGUUGUCAUCGUGUGUUUUGUACGUUGGGAUUGGUCAGUUCAGCGGUGACUGGGGUCGCCCCUGCCCCCUUUGUACCAAGGCCACAUGGCUUGGAGCCCAGAGGUGGCCCUUGGGGAGCAGAGAGAAGGAGCGAGCGAGCUGUGGGACUCGCGUGUCCCUGAGCAGGGAGGGCUCCAGGGCAGGGGCUGCUCGCUGUCCUGAGUGGCCUCCAGGCCCUGAAGGCUGCCGGGCUGGCAGGGGGCUGGGCAGUUCACUCACAGAUGGACUCUGCUCCUGGGAGCAGGUGUCCUGAGGGCCCUGGACAGGUGGGCCACCAGCCUGGGUGCCGGGCAUGGGGCACCGUGUGGCUGUGGGCCAGGGGCCUGGGCACGCUUGCCUGGCGCCUUGCACUGAACAAGACCAAAUCACUGGUUGUGAGCGUACGUGAGGGUGUGUCAGUGUCCUGCGAUGGUCCGUGUCACUGUUUACAUGACCUAUUUGUGUGGUUACUAGCCCUUUAUUUAAAAGAGAGAAGUUCCUUUUACGAAGUUAUUAAAUUAUAUGUUUAAAAGCUAAAGGAAAAAAAAAAGAGCUGCAGAGUAUUUAUAAAACUGUCUUUUUACAAAAAAAUAAGAAAAAAAACAAAGCAAGAACAGUUGACCCUAUAAAUGGAAAAGGGAAGAAAGUAUAAUAGAAACUUUGCUAGUUUAAAAAAAGAAAAAAAAAAAAAAGCCCUUUCUUGUAAACUUACAGACAAGUCUUUGUGGCUGUUGAAGUUUAGUUUUUAUAUACACAGAGUUAUCAGAUGUUAUUUAUAAAACUUAGUUUAAAAAAGAAAAAAAAAAAAAA